UCGAGUGUCGAGGUUUCAGAGCAAGCAAGCAAUAUCUCAGUCGCCGAAUGAUGCAGCGACGAUGCGCGAAGCUCCGGCCGCUGACGCUUCAAUCGGUUCGCUGCUCUCCGGCCGCUGACGCUUCAAUGGUCCGGCCCAUUCGUUAGUAAGCUUGGAUUCAUUUACACAGGUGAUCGUGGGCUAAAUUGAGAGGAAAGCUUUCCUUCGGGGGUUGAACGAAGAAACUUUUAGAAGUACGGGGACGGGGGGCAAAGCUUGGAUUCAGCCCCGCUUCGCUGCGAUUGCUUCCUUCCGAAGCAAGAAGCACGAAGUCCAGUCACCUGUAAAUUUUCCCCGCGGAUUCCCCCCUCUCACUUUCUCUCGCGUUUUCUCGCCGAUCCUGCUCGAUGUCCCGGGCGCAUCCCGCAGCUUCUAUGGCCGAUUGGAGCCAGAUGCCGGAGGACCUCCUCCGCCGCAUCGCGCGACGCCUCGGCACGCAGUUCGACGUCCUCCGAUUCCGAUCCGUCUGCUCUUCCUGGCGCUCCUCGCUCGCACCGAGCCCUAACCCCUUACGGCGCGGCCGAAUCCCGAUCAUCCCGCACGAGGGGUAUCCCGACGACUGCACCGAGCUAUACGUUCUCCCCAAGCGCACCAUCUUCCUCGUCGGAGUGCCCCGAUCCUGCGACCAAACAGUCCGCAGCGGUUGGCUGGUCAAAGUCUGGGAGGACGACCGCGGGGUGAUGAAUCUACUGAACCCUCUCACCAGCUGCGAAUUCCGUCUGCUGCCUGAGGAUUUUCCGAGAGUUUUGGACUUGAUGAAUCUGCGCGUGCUGGAGUUAGGGCACAGUGUGGGUUGCAGGAUUCCAAUGGUCUCAGCUAUGGCUAUUAUAAUCAUAUAUGGGGCGCGGAUAGGGUUGUUUUUUUGUGUUGACAAUGAAAAUGAUUUUGCGCUGCUCAGGCUUCUCCCUGGUGGCACACUGGUCAUGUUUAAAUCUAGGGAAAAACGGUGGUCACCCGUUCAGGACAUAUCGUUGGGAUAUGACGACGUGAUAUUGUUUAAGGGGGAGUUUUAUGCCGUUGACUUUGAUGGGAGCACUGUGGUUGUCGGGUUGGAUUCGAGUGUGACUUUGAUUGUGCAGUCGGACUUUGAUGGUUGGGACAAGCGCUUGGUGGAAUCUGUGGGCGAACUGCUGUUGGUCUAUAUGUAUGAGGAGGAGAAGACAACCAGAUUUAAGGUCCACAAGUUGGACAGAGAAGAGAAGGUAUGGAAUGAGGUGAAAGAUUUAGGGGAUAGGGUGUUGUUUCUGGGAGAGGAAUGUACAUUUUCUGCUUCAGCUGCAGAUUUAGGGGCUUGUAAGGGGAAUUGCAUAUUUUUUAGGGAUCAUGGUGGAGUACUCAGAGUGUCGAGCUUUGAUAUGGGUGUGGUUGGUGAGAUUGGUGUCUAUGAUAUGGAUAGUGGCAUUAUUGGAUUUAUAGAAGAUUAUGCAGGUUAUUCACAGCUGUUCUGGCCUCCUCCGGAUUGGAUUGUUUCCAGGACCGCAGAACCUCAGGUUCGAAAUCAAUUGGAAGCACCGACAGUGUAAUGCGGAGGUUGGUCUUCUUGGAUAAUGGGGUGUUGCUGCAAUCAAAUCGUUUGUUCACGGCAUUGUACAUGAAUAACACGGUAAGAAAGGACUAGAGAGGUUGAUUUAGUUCAUUGUAUGGACCCCGAGGCACUGAAGGAAGGCAAGAAGGUAGUCUGGUUAGGUGGCUAAUUUUUCUUUCUGUACUCACAUAUGGAUGCUUUUUGUAUUGUAAGUAAUACUUCUAAAGUCUUUCCUAAGCUUGGAGGAUGUCAGUCACUUGCCAAAGAGGCAAACUUUUGCCGCCAAGUUUUUGCCUGAUUCAUUUACAUAGCUAUGACGCCUGUUGCACA